AUGCCUGAAAACCCUGAUCUUCCACUCCUACCAUGCGCCAGAACGGCCACUCAAGCUGCUCUACCACCACCAAAGCGGCGCCGAUUAGGCAUAUCAGACGCGCAGAAGCAGGCAUUACGUGCCUUUUGGGCUAAUUCUAGUCCAAAACCGACCCAAUCCGCUUGUGCAACUUGGUUUUCGUCCCAAUUUGAUCACACAAUUAAUCGUGUAUCGGUCUCAAGAAUCCUUUCAUCCCAAUAUGAACACCUUGAUUCAGGGCCUGUAGGGUCAAAUAUGCGUGUUUCCUCAUCUUUUUGGCCUAUAUUAGACCAAAAGCUCUCUGAUUGGGUUACCGGGCAUAUCAAUAGUGGUUAUCCAAUUACUGGCCCUUUGCUCCAAACAAAAGCAGCUGAGAUUUGGUCUCAAAUCCCUGAAUAUCAAAAUCAACAAAGGCCUGCAUUUUCAGAUGGUUGGCUUACUCGUUUUAAAAAGCGGCAUAAUCGUCGAUAUCAUACAUUCCACGGAGAAGCUGCUUCAGUUCCAUCUUCUGUACAUGAUCAGAUGAAAGAAAUUCGUACGAUAUGCGAUCAAUAUAAACCAUCAGAGAUCUAUACUAUGGAUGAAACUGGACUUUUUUGGCGACAAAUGCCAAAUGGGGGUCUUUCUGAUAGAAAAAUUGCCGGAAAAAAUAAAAAUAAGACUCGGAUCUCUCUUAUUGUGGCCACAAACGCAGAUGGUUCAGACCGAAUGCCUUUAUGGUUGAUUGGAAGUGCAAAAACACCUCGUGCGCUCAGGACAACUAAUUUCCAAGCUUUGGGAUGUGUAUGGCGCUGGGGUAAGAAGGCUUGGAUGCGUCAAGCCAUCAUGGAAGAAUGGUUACGUGCUUUUUAUAUGCGGAUUCCUAUUGAUAAGAAAGUAUUGUUGUUUCUUAAUAAUGCUUCUCCGCAUAUUGCUGGUCUUAAGCAUCUCCCACCACCAUCCCAUAUCAGGGUUGUUUUUUUCCCAGCAAACGCAACUUCGAUUUAUCGACCUCUAGAUCAAGGAAUCAUCCAAAAUUUAAAGCAUCAUUAUCGGAGGAAAUGGAUGAGAUGGAUGAUUGCUAUCCUUGAUCGAGGUCUUGAUCCACAUAUUCGGAUGAAUAUCUCCUAUGCGCUUUCUUGGAUCACCCAGGCUUGGAAAAUUUCAGUAUCGGAUGAAUCGAUUAAAAAUUGCUUUAUAAAAAGUUCUUUAAUUCGUCUGGACUCUCAAGAUGAGACCAAAGGAGAGCAGACCGAAACUGAAGAUCAGACCGAGACUGAUUCUCAACCAAUGUCUGAGCCAGGGUUGACUAGUGAGAUUCAAACUCUAUACAAUAAAGCAAUUGAGAAGCUUGGUCAAGAUGAUAUUAUACCAUUUGAUCAAUUCUUGAAUCCAACAGAGGAAGAUAUUGCAGUUGAAGAUGAGAUCGAUAGGCAAGAUAUAUAUAUUGAUAUGGAGAGCUCGGAAGCACAAGAUCUUGAAGAAAACGGGCCACCACCAGAGAUAUUAUCUAAUUCUGAGGUCAUGUUUCAACUGCAGGGUAUUUUACUAUGGGCUGGAAGCAAAGAAAAGUGCACACCAGACCAUAUACGUCAGAUUGAGAACUUAAUCAGUAAUUUCAGCCGAUUUCAGGGUGAAGAAAAGCGUCAGGUGACCUUGAAAGAUAUGGGAUGGAAGCCGAAAUAG